AUGUAUCGUCUUCUCCAAGUUUUAGCAGUGCUGCUCAGCUCCACUGCCCUCCGCGUCACAGGGGAAAACAAUGGACCGCCGGACUACUCCAGCUUCCAAUAUCCUGGCCAGCCGGCCGAGCGAUCAUUCAAGCCCAGUUAUGACUUCUGUGUCGUCGGCGGGGGUACUGCUGGCCUUGUUCUCGGUAACCGAUUGAGCGAGAGUGGAAAGCACACUGUUGUCGUGUUCGAAGCUGGAGGCCCUCCAACAGAAAUGCGCACUUACUCACCGCCUGGUGGUAAUCAAUUUGGACUAAACGGUGCCUGGAGCCCGAUCGACUACAAUUUCUACUCUGUCCCUCAAAGACAUUUGAACAAUCGCUCGGUCGAAUACCAUCGUGAGACAUUGCAUUACGCUGAUGUGACUGAGCUGACCGGUGUAGGCGGACGAUGUCUAGGAGGCAGCAGUGCCACCAACGGCAUGUACUAUGGCCUCGGUAGCAAAGCAGUAUACGAUCAAUGGGAGGAGGACGGAAAUCCAGGAUGGGGAUGGAAAGAGAUUCAAGCAGCAGCAAAGAGGGGCACCAAAUUCGUUGGCAACCCGAAUCACACAAACGACAAUACCUACAUGACUUGGGAUCCGGACGCAUACGGCACAGAAGGUCCCUUGAAGAUCGCCUUCCAAGGUCGAGUCCCUGCAUCGAAUCCGUCUUUUAUGAACGCAAUGAGCGCGAUUGGAGUUUAUCCUGUCAAAGAGCAGAGCAACGGGAACCCCAUUGGCAUCAGACAAGGCACCAUGACGCUGGACGAGAACUUUCUUCGAAGCUCCUCGUACGACAGCUAUUACAAGGCAUCGCAGGGGAGACCAAAUCUUAAUGUCCUGGAUCGAGCUCCUGUGUCACACAUAAUCUUCGACGAGGAGUCGUGCAAUGGGAAUCAGUCCGUACAGGCCGUCGGCGUAACGUUUCUCGACACUCCCUCUGGCGCUUUUCACAACGUUUCUUGCAAGAAUGAGGUUAUUCUGGCGGCAGGGGCUUUUCAUGACCCAUUCGUCUUGAAGCUGUCCGGGGUCGGUCCGAAGGGCGAGCUCGAGCAGUACGGAAUUCGACCGAUUGUAGUCAACGAUAACAUCGGUAACAACAUGCUGGACCACACUGCCUUCAGUGUGAUCCAAGAAGUUAAGCCCCAGUUUGCAGCCAUCGCGUCCAUCGAGGAUAUGACUUACGACAUCAACGUCCUUAAUCAGGCCCAGCGUGACUUCUACGCAGGCGGAGCCGCGCGAUGGAACUCGAAGUACAGUGCUACCGGCGGCGUGACCAACGCCUUCCAGCAAAUGUCCGCCUCUGAGCUGGAGAGAAUCGGCGCUGGAGCUGUCUUGGCGGCGAACUUUACGAAUCAGGCGCAUAACGAGUUCUCAUACAACUCUCACUGGUAUCCGACGUCCUUCUCCAAGUACGGUGGGCCGAAGCCCAACUCGUCGUACAUUUCCAUCCAGAUCGGCAACAUGGCGGCUCUUUCAAAGGGAAGCGUCAAACUCCAGUCGAACCUCCCCCUUUCCGAUCCUGUCAUCGAUCCAAACUACCUCGCCGAAGAAGCAGACCAACGCAUGGCCAUCCAGGGCGUGAAGUAUGCACGUCAGAUCUUUGCGCACCCUGAAAUGAAGAAGUGGUUGGUGGGUGAAGCCGCGCCAGGUGCAAACAUCACCAGUGACGAAGACAUCCUCGACUUCGCACGUACCACAAUGAUCCCCAAUUGGCAUGCGGCGAGCACAUGCAGGAUGCUUCCACGCGAGAAAGGAGGUGUCGUAGACUCGCACUUGCGGGUAUAUGGGACCAAGGGCCUCCGAGUCUGUGAUGUAUCGACGUUUGGAAGAUUGCCAGAUAUGACCUUGGUGGGGAGCGUUUUUGCAGUGGCCGAGAACGGGGCGAGGAUCAUUCGAGAGGAGUACGGCGAUGAGUGA